AUAGUUGAUAUUAUAAUAGUGAUAUUUAAUGAUAUAUUUUAAGAAAAUAGAUAUCUGGAUUUUUUGAAGGGCAGAUUUGAAUUUCGCGCGGUUUUUUGAAUUGAGGUUAGGGAGGAUAGAUGUCAAAAAAAACGAUUGAAUGCUUUUGGUAGUUUGUAAAUAAAGUUGUAGUGGAAAUUAUGGGUAAUUAAGAUAAUAUUUUAGGAGUAAUUAGAAAAAAUAUUUUAAUUUGAGUGAUUGGUUAUUCAAUUGUGAAUAAACGGCAAUUUAAAAUUUAAAAGUAUAGGUUAGAGAUUUAAUCAAAAUAAAGUGUCACAAUUAAUAAUAUUAGUCGGUGUGUGAUUAGUGUUGAUAAAUUUUACAUAUUUUUGAAUAAAAAGUGUCAUUGUUUAUUUAAGUAAUUAAUACUAUGGCUCCAGAUGUACAGAGUGUUGAUGACAUUGAUUUUGAUGAAAAAUAUCGGCUGUAUGCAAGUAUAUCAUUUGCAUUUUUAUUACUCGGAAUUGGAGUACCUCUAUGGUGGCAUACAACAGCAGUACCACGUGUUACCCUCCCGUACUCUGGGAUAGCGGAAUUAUCAAAUUUGAAUAUUAAAAUCCGCGGUAAUAUUUUAGUCGCAACAACAUCUGAAGAACGCGCGCAAUUUAUAACAAACCAAAUUAGAACGGCAUUUGAAAAUUCAACAUUGUACAGCCUCAAAGUGUCAUUUGAAGUAAUAUCAAAGAAUCUUGUAAAUUCUGCCUUCACGCAGUAUGACCAUGAAAAAAUCGCGCGUACAUUUGACAUUGGAAUUGGUGAUUUAUUAUUUCUCGAAGCGCCGAAUUUAAAUGAAAUAAUUGUGGGCCACCAUCGAGCUAUUUUUUUUCCAACGCAAACAGAUGGAUCUAAACUGGUACACUUACUGUCCCACAUGAUUCUUAGAGACGAAUCAUUGAUUCUAACAAGAAACGCAAUGACAGACCCAACAAAAUACAGUUUAGAUGAAGAAAAUCGUCGCAGAUUUCCACCAAGUUCAACUUACGAUAUAUUGCUUACGGUUGUUAAUCCAAAUCCUGAUAAAUUAUCGAUUAAAUGGAACUUGUCAAAUAUAACUAGAGAUUAUCUGGAGCCAUUUUUAGACCAACUGUCAGUCAUAGCAAAUUUUUCAGUUAAAUCACAAUGGCUGUACUUAAUGCCACUGGAUAUAACACCAAAACAAAUUCCCGAUAGUAGUGAACUAGGAAGACAUUAUGCUUUAUCGGAAAGUAUUUUACCACAAUUGAUAACGCCGUUGGAAAAAAAAUUAGCUUCACAAGUGAGUUUGCAUCCUUGUAUAAAUCUUGUUAUGUACACAGUUCCUUGUGAUCAAUCGCCUCUGUAUAUUUAUACUAAAAGCGGACAUAAAUCAAACUCUGUAAAUAAUGUCAAAGCUUUUUUAUCUCCAAGAUGGGGUGGUGUAGUUAUUUCAAACUCGCCAACUGAUGUUUGCAAACAAGUACUUGAAAAAAAUGACGACAAACCUGUUGAAGUUGUUCCAAAUGCCGUUACAAUAAUGGGUGUCUUUUUAUCACAGCUGAGACUCCUGUUGGGAAUUCCCGAGCCUAAUUAUAAAAUUUCCGGUGUGACGGUCACACCCACACCUGGAGAAUCAAUUCUCCGAGAUUGGGAAUUCGACUUACUUUUGCGUGUUCGUGCUAUCGAACAACUGACAUCAGCAAAACUUACUUUACAAUCGUUGGCGCAACUUCUUGAGGAAAUUAGCAAUAUUGUUAUUACUGAAACUGUCGGAAAUAGAAUUAAGUCAGCCCUUGACCUGAUUCAUCAGUCAGCGGAAAAAUUACUGGAUGGAGAACUGAUGGAAGGUUUUUCUUUGAGCAAAGAAUCUUUUGUUACCGCGGAAAUGGCUUUUACAGAUCCCUCAUUAUUAGCACUUUUAUAUUUUCCUGAUGAUCAAAAGUAUGCAGUAUAUAUUCCAUUAUUUUUACCAGUAAUGAUUCCAGUAUUAUUAUCAUUGAAAAAUAUAUCCCGGUAUUUUUUAAAUAAAAACAAUUCUUAAUGUACUAGAUGAUUAAUUUAUCAUUUAAUAAAUUUAUUUAUGGUAAGUUUUUUCACAUUUUUGUAAUUGAAAAAAAUAUAAAUAAAUAAUAUAUACUUAAAA